AUGCUCCCGGCCACGUCCAAGCUCUGCGCCGCCAUCUCCUACCGCCACCUGCGCAACAUGACCGGUCUGAGGAGACAAGCCGCCGUGGCCAUCAGCCAGGAGCUGAGCAGACUUGCCUGCCGCAGCCCGGGGCCCAGCUCCUGGAUCCACCAGGUGCGCAGGAGGAGCUCCCUGCUCAGCUCGAGGCUGGAGGAGAAGCCCUUCAGCGAGAUGGAAAUGUCCUACAUCAAGCAAGGAGAGGAAGCCCUGCAGAAAUCCCUCAGAAUCCUGGAGGACCAGGACGGCUGGAAGACAGAGACGGUGGCGGGAAACGGAGACAAAGUGCUGAGCAAGGUGCUGCCGGACGUGGGGAAGGUGUUCCGGCUGGAGGUGGUGGUGGACCAGCCCCUGGACUCCGUGUACGGAGAGCUGGUGGACAACAUGGAGCAGAUGGGAGACUGGAACCCCAAUGUCAAAGAAGUCAAGAUUCUGGAGAAGAUUGGGAAGGACACGGUGAUCACCCACGAGAAGGCAGCAGCCACCCCCGGGAACAUUGUUGGGCCCCGGGACUUCGUGAGCGUGCGGUGCUCCAAGAGACGCGGCUCCACCUGCGUCCUGGCCGGCAUGUCCACCACCUACGGGGCGAUGCCGGAGCAGGAGGGGUUCAUCAGGGCUGAGAACGGUCCCACCUGCAUGGUCCUGCGCCCGCUGCCCGGCAGCCCCUCCCGGACCAGGCUGACCUGGCUGCUCAGCAUCGACCUCAAGGGCUGGCUGCCCAAGACCAUCAUCAACCAGGUCCUGUCCCAGACACAGGUGGACUUCGCCAAACACCUCCGGCAGCGCCUGGCCCGGCCCGUGCCCGUGACCUGCUGACCACGACCUGCCCACCACCCGGGGCAGGGCUUUCUUCAGGGGGCAAAGGGGGAGUCACUUUGAUCAGCCAAGGCCUUUAGCAGCAGACACUGCUAAUUAAUACACGGUUUUGAUCAAUAAAUAUAAAGGUUUAUUUAUUGGAA